AUGGGGCAGGGUGGGCUGCGCGCUUUGGCGGCGGUGGUGGCGGUGGUGGGCUUUGGACUGGGGUCUUGUGCAACGGCAAGCAAUGCGCUCAACUUGACGCUGCUCACGGACGGGGUUGAUGAGCUUGGCGCUCGCUGUUUGGAUGGCUCGCCAGGUGGAUACUAUUGGCGGGCGGGAUCGGCGGCCAACGCGACGAAAUUUCUGCUCGUGUUCAACGGGGGCGGCUGGUGCUACAGCUUGGAAGACUGUGCGGCUCGGGCCAAGACCAACUUGGGCACCAGCACCCUUUUCGAGACCACGAUUCAAGGAGACGGCAUUACCAAGAAUGAUCCCGGCUUCAAUCCGGAUUUUUCAUCGUGGAACGUGGCCUAUCUCUACUAUUGCGAUGGCACGUCCUAUGGCGGCAAUCACUCCGAGCCCGUGCAGGUGGGGGACCAGACGCUCUUCUUCCGCGGCCUGCGCAUUCUUGAAGCCUUUCUCGAUCAUUUGCAACGGCAUCGCGGGCUGGACAGCGCCACUGAAGUGUUUUUGAGCGGUCACAGCGCCGGAGGCUUGGGCACGUACAUGCAUGCCGACUACGUGGGAUCGCGUGUACCCGCGGGAGCACUUUUUGGCGCCAUCCCCGAUGCGGGUUUCUUCAUGAUGAACAACACGGUCGGGGGCCGCGACCUGUACCCGGCCCAGAUCCAAAACAUUUCGCGGCUUGCCAGCGUCGUGGGAGACGCUGAUUGCAUGGCGGCCAACGCUGCCGAAGCCUGGCGAUGCAUGGCCACACAGCACGCGCUCCCGUUUGUUUCCACGCGCCUUCACAUGAUUCAGUCAAGCUACGACUCCUGGCAGCUUUCAAACAUCUUUGAUGUCAGCUGCACCCCCAAGUACAGCAACAACACGUGCUCUGCCAACCAGAUGGAUCAAUUCCAGGCCGUGCACACCACCAUCUUGGGACAGAUUCGUGCGACCAAUAGCACCCGUCAUGCGGUGUGGAGUGAUUCCUGCAUUGCUCACAGUCAGGCGUAUUAUGGCGACUACUUUAACAACCCGAGUUGGCAGAUGUCGGCGCGCAUGUUCACCCCGACCAAUCAGAAGCUGUUGACGAACAUUGCGGUCGUGCGGCAGAAGAAGGGGGGCAAGCGGUUUGAGAUUGCUUGCUUCAAGAAUAAGGUCCUCUCCUGGCGCAACAAGGUGGAGAAGGAUAUCGAUGAGGUGCUGCAAAUUCACACCGUGUACACCAACGUGUCCAAGGGUGAAGUGGCCAAGAACACCGACCUGCAAAAGGCCUAUGGUACCGACGACCACACCAAGAUUUGUCGCAUCAUUUUGGACAAAGGAGAGCUGCAAGUGUCCAAGGAGGAGCGCGAUGCACAACUCGGAGCCCUGUUCAAAGAAGUGGCCACCAUUGUCGCGGACAAGUGCAUCGACCCUGCCACGGAGCGCCCGUACACGGCUGCACAAAUUGAGCGUGCCAUGCGUGACAUCCACGUCUCCGUCAAGCCCACAGCCAGUGCCAAGGCCCAGGCCCUUGAUGUGAUCAAGAAGCUGGCCGAAACCAUCUCCAUUGCUCGCGCCAGCAUGUCCGUCCGCGUCCGCCUCCCACAGCGUGAAGCCAAGCGCGUCAAACCCUUGGUGCUACCGCUCACCAUCGCCCUUGAGCAUGAAGAUUGGGACGAUGACCUGGAGCUGGAGUGCACCAUUGACCCAGGCACUUUUCGUGCACUGACGGAGCUCGUGGGUCAUGAAACCAAGGGCCAAGGGUUGGUUGAGAUUCUCAGCGUCAAAAACGUGGCCGAGGGCGACGAAGUCUUGUAGAUCCGGCCGCAUUGCGCGUCAAGAAUUGUUUGUUUGCUAAUUUUGCUCUGCGCGUGUCCAUUCUUACAUGUACGUGUGUGUCCGCUUCCCGUGCACCCCCAACAUUGAGGCCUCUCUUUCGGGCCAGCGACGCUGCGCGUCGUUGUCAUUGGCUGCGUGAGACGCCACGCUUCGGGCCUUGCCAAGUUUCAUGCUUGUCUACCAAGUUGACGCUCAAGACAAUUGCAUGAUUUGACGC